AUGGACCCCAACAACAACAACAAUCGCCUCUAUCUCAACUUUGGAAACGGCAACGACCGUUUGACCGCCUCGGACAGGGCAGCAUAUCCCACUACGCCUUCGACCUUCCCGCAGCCCGUUUUCCCUUCAGCUUCAGGUCAACAGCCUGGUGGAUUGCAACCCCAAGGCCAACAGCAACAGCAGCAAUAUGCUGGUGGCUAUGCGCCCCAGGGCUACUUUAAUCAGAACCAAUAUGCCCAGUAUGGCGGCCAGCAACAGCAGCAGUCCAAUGACUAUGCUCAGGGUGCUGGGUAUCAACCACGAUCCAAUACCCCGGGCACCAACGACCCCAAUACAGGCCUCGCUCACCAGUUUUCUCAUCAGAACCUCGGAGGUGCUGCUCGAGGGCAAGGUUAUGCUCGAGGCCCCUCCCCAGGUCAGCGCCCCAGGACCGCCGGUAGUGCAGGACAGCAGCCUGGCUACAACAGCUACAUGAACGCCCCUCCUAUGCCUACACAGGCCUCUGCCCCCGCAGAAGAAUUCCAACGUGCACCCGAGCGAAACCCUGAUCGAUAUGGUACAAAUGCCAAUAGCAACCAAAAGAAGUGUUCCCAGCUCGCCGCCGACUUUUUUAAGGAUAGUGUCAAGCGUGCCCGCGAGCGCAACCAAAGACAAAGUGAAUUGGAGCAGAAGCUCCAGGACCCCUCACAGGGCGCCGCUAGACGUGAGCAGCUCUGGUCCACUGCUGGCAGAAAAGAAGGCCAGUAUCUGCGUUUCCUUCGUACCAAGGACAAGCCCGAAAACUAUACUACUGUAAAGAUUAUCGGAAAGGGUGCCUUCGGAGAGGUCAAGCUCGUGCAGAAGAAGGGUGAUGGCAAGGUCUAUGCGAUGAAGUCUCUGAUAAAGACAGAAAUGUUUAAGAAGGACCAGCUUGCCCACGUUCGAUCAGAGCGAGACAUUCUCGCAGAGUCCGACAGUCCAUGGGUCGUCAAGCUCUACACUACCUUCCAGGACUCAUACUUCCUCUACAUGCUAAUGGAGUUCUUGCCUGGUGGAGAUCUAAUGACAAUGCUUAUCAAGUAUGAAAUUUUCUCGGAGGAUAUCACUCGCUUUUAUAUUGCGGAGAUUGUUCUCGCGAUUGAAGCUGUCCACAAGUUGGGCUUCAUCCACCGUGAUAUCAAGCCUGACAACAUUCUCCUAGAUCGUGGAGGACAUGUUAAACUCACAGAUUUUGGCCUGUCGACGGGCUUCCACAGGCUUCAUGAUAAUAACUAUUAUCAGCAGCUGUUGCAAGGUCGAUCGAACAGGCCUCGCGACCGUAACUCGGUUGCGCUUGACCAAAUCAACCUGACAGUCAGCAAUCGAUCCCAGAUCAACGACUGGAGACGAUCUCGAAGACUUAUGGCGUACUCGACCGUCGGAACUCCUGACUACAUUGCUCCUGAGAUUUUCACAGGUCACGGCUACACCUUUGACUGUGAUUGGUGGUCACUCGGCACGAUCAUGUUCGAGUGUCUGGUCGGCUGGCCUCCUUUCUGUGCUGAAGACAGCCAUGACACAUACCGCAAGAUUGUCAACUGGAGACAAACUCUGUACUUUCCUGAUGAUAUCACACUGGGUACCGAUGCGGAGCAUCUUAUCCGAAGCAUGGUCUGUAACACAGAGAAUCGUCUCGGUCGUGGUGGCGCCCACGAAAUCAAGGGUCAUGCUUUCUUCCGCGGCGUUGAGUUUGAUAGUCUUCGCCGUAUUCGCGCACCCUUCGAGCCUCGCUUGACCUCCAACAUCGACACGACUUAUUUCCCUACUGAUGAAAUUGAUCAGACCGAUAACGCCACCGUCCUUAAGGCGCAGGCUAUCCAGCAAGGUCACAAGGUUGAGGAGUCUCCAGAAAUGAGCUUGCCAUUCAUCGGCUAUACAUUCAAGCGAUUUGAUAACAACUUCCGAUAA